UUUUCCAAAACAACCCAUUCGAAUUUUCUCAUUUCGAAAAUUGCCUGUCCGAAAGGGAAUAUCACGCUCCGACGAAUCGGACCUAAUCGGCACAAUCUCAAAUCUCUCUGAAUUGCUUUAGAUUUUGAAGGUUCACUUGGUUCGUCAAUGGAAGCGAUCAGAAAGCAAGCUACGAGGCUCAGGGAACAGGUCGCUCGCCAACAGCAAGCUGUCCUCAAGCAGUUUGGGGCAGGGGGAUAUGGAGGUUCAGAUCUUGGGACUGAUGAAGCUGAGAUGCAGCAGCAUCAUAAGCUCGAAAGGCUUUACAUAUCCACUCGUGCUGCAAAGCAUUUUCAAAGGGAUAUUGUCCGUGGUGUUGAAGGCUAUAUUGUUACUGGGUCUAAACAAGUUGAAAUAGGAACUAAACUGUCAGAAGAUAGUAGGAAAUAUGGUGCUGAAAAUACAUGUACAAGUGGUACUACAUUGUCAAAAGCUGCAUUAGGUUUUUCACGUGCUCGUGCUCAGAUGGAGAAGGAGCGAGGGAAUCUGUUGAAAGCCCUUGGAACACAGGUUGCAGAACCACUAAGGGCCAUGGUGAUGGGAGCUCCAUUGGAAGAUGCUCGACAUUUAGCUCAAAGAUAUGACAGAAUGCGGCAAGAGGCAGAAGCACAGGCUGUUGAAGUAUCCAGACGACAAGCUAAAUUGAGAGAAGGAACAGGUCAUCCUGACAUGGCAUAUAAACUGGAAGCAGCUGAAACAAAGCUAGACGACUUGAAGUCAAACACGAAUACGUUAGGAAAAGAAGCAGCAGCAGCUAUGGCUGCUGUUGAAGCUCAGCAGCAAAGAUUGACACUCCAACGAUUGAUUGCCAUGGUUGAAUCAGAACGGUCAUACCAUCAGAGAAUCCUUCAAAUUCUUGAUCAGCUAGAAGCUGAGAUGUUAUCAGAGCGCCAGCGUAUUGAAGCAGCUCCUGCUCCUGCUCCUACUGUGGAUACUAUGCCUCCACCUCCCUCAUACGAAGAAGUAAAUGGGGUCUCUACUUCACCCGUACAGAAUGGAUCAACUGAUAAUAUGGGUUACUUUCUCGGAGAAGUCAUGUACCCAUAUCAAGCUGAAUCUGAUGUGGAGCUUAAUUUGUCUGUUGGAGAAUAUAUCGUUAUUCGCAAGGUUUCUAACAAUGGUUGGGCUGAAGGUGAAUGCAAGGGCAGAGCAGGAUGGUUCCCUUUUGGUUACAUUGAAAGAAGGGAUCGCGUCCUAGCUAGUAAAGUGGCCGAAGUUUUCUGAAAUGCAGGGAUAUCUUUUAUUCUAAAGGAGCCACCAGAUUUCUGUAUCUUCUGCUGCUUGCAAUUGUUGCUGCCUUUUUGUAACAUUCUCUAUGUUGCCCCCUUAAAUGCUUCUUAUAGGGGUCUUUUUUUUCUUUUUUCUUUUGCUUGAUCGUUUAUUCCAUUUGUGGGUAAACUCUCAUAUAUUCCCCCUUUUAAGGACUUGGAUAUGAUUGUUGUAAGUUGCAAUUUUUUGUGAUUAAUUUUGUAGCAGGGGCUAUCCUAGUAACAUCUGUUUCUCUCGCAACUCAUUUGUUCUAAUUUGUUCCCUUUUUA